AAACGAUUAUCACAGAGUACAUUAUAUAUACAAUGUUUUUCGAGCGUUUUUAUACUUAAACAACAGUUAAUAUGUUGAUUAUAUAAAUUUGUUAUCAUAAACAUUAAUAUUUCUAGAUUAACUCUACAAAUAGAUCGUAAACAACGUAAUGUAAAAUUUUUGUUUACACCAAUAUUAAAACAAUAGGAAAUGGACGAAUUUCAGUAUAAUGCCUCGGAAAAAGUCUAACCUCAACAACAAGUAUAGUAAAAAUGCAAGACGUAUGCGUGCUAAUAGAGCAAAUGAAUCGCAAGAACAAAUUGCAGCGAGAAACGCAGCCCAACGAAUCAGAACAGCAGAGAUUCGCAGACACGAGUCUCGGGAACAGCGUGAUGAACGUCUACGACGAAAUAUAUUGAGGACGAGAUUGGCGCGAGAACGCCACAAAGCAACAUUUAGAGAACGUGACAGAGAGCGACAAAAGGCCAGCCGUGCAUUAAGACUUCGAGAAUCCGAAUGUACACAUGACGUUAAUUACUCUGCACAUGCUGAAAUUACAAUUGGUGAAAAGGAUAAAAUACGUCAAGCGUUAAAACCUCGUAAUGAAACAAACGGUUUAGACUCAGGCUAUAAAAUAGCUGACGACAUAGACAUAGAGGAACACGACGUGCUGGACAAUCCGAGGAUCAAGACUAUAUUUCCGGAUAUAACGUGUAUCAAGAUUGAAGCGAUCGACUAUGAGCACGAAGAUAUCAAUGCCAUGUCCAGCAGAGGACCGCAAUAGGCUGAACUAAUGAUUUCGACAAAAACGGUUAUGAAACGUACGAGCACGAGAAUACCCUGGACCCCCACAAAAUGACGGCUCAUUCGUUACCUGUACCCGCCGGAAGGAACAAAGAUAGUACUCAUCGAAAACAACACAAGAAGUAUUCCUACACGUGAUUAAGACUUAUUCGAAAUCCGGCAAUUUGGACAAGCAGAUCAAGAUAGAACCCCUAUCGCCGAAAAUAACACACCGAGUACCGAGAUUGAUUCUGAAACUUGUUCGAAAUCCGUCGAUUUGGACAAGCAGAUCAAGAUAGAACCCCUAUCGCCGAAAAUAACCCAAAUUGUCCUAAAACAAGAGUUAUAA